GUAAUUCAUUCAGUCUCAUGUUUGUUGAUACCUCCUGUCUAUAUCUUAUUGUCAUAUAUUUCUUGAUUCCUUGUAAAAACAAAAGGCUGUCUUUAUCCAUCUUUAUGUUGGCUCUUACGAGCAAAGCUCUUAUUGUCUUGGUUUUGAUAGAUUAUCCCCUUGCAGUUCGCCAAUUCCUUGCCAUUGUAAUAUAGACGUUGACAUGGCGAAAACUCUUAGUUGCGCAAGGAAUUGGAGGAUUGCAACCCCAUUUGGACUUUGCAUCAGGCAUGAUCUCUCUCUUGACAAGCAAGAAAAUGCAUUUUAUGUUAUAAUCCAUCAUCAUUAGUUCUUACUACUGACUUUAUAUGAACUCUCUGGAUGCCCAUUGUCUGUAGGGGUCAUUGGAUUUAUCAUUUGCAUGUUUGUUCCUGCACUUGGUUGUGUGAUAUCGCAUCUUGGACCGAUAUAUAUGUUAGUGAUGAGGGUGGGGACUAGUUUCAUUACUCCUUUUUUCUCUAUCUACCACAGAAGUUUUAAGUUAUUGUUGAUAUAUAUGUUAGUGAAUAUGGGUUAAGACCAGAAAAGGUCAACUGUAGGAAGAGUUACUUGGCGAUAAUUUAGCUGGUUAUCUCUUUCAAUCUAAGUAGGUGUCACUAUUUUCAAGUGGUUUGCUAACUUGUCAGGUGGGUUUGCACGUGCUUUGCCCGGCCUGAGUUUGGAGUACGCUUGCUGAGUUCUGACAGAUGCAUCCAUGUAGUUUCAAACUCUCAAAUCAAAUUCGGACCAUUGAUUUCAACUUACAGAAAUGAUGUGAUUGGUGCAGUCAGGUCUGGUGAAAGGCAGUUUGAUGAAACCGUGCAUUCCAGAAGUGGGGAUUCUGAGCAAGAUUUGUUGUUUUAAUGCUGGUUGUUAAGACUUAAUUAACUAAAAUGCCCCAAUUAACAAACUGCACUACAUAUCGUAGAGAAACCUGGGCUGGGCCUACAUGAAAAAAUAAAAUUACAUGGCAGAUCUGGUAGUUUACAAGAAAGGCCUAGAUGGUUGAUCUAGACCCAAACUAGGCCUUGUUUAGUUAAGCAGGCCUGUUAUGAUGAGGCCCGUUCGAUUCUACGACACGUAUUGCAACAUCUUCCGGUCUUGGACUAUGAAUGGGCUUGAGAAGUAGACGAGGCCCAAACAUCGUAUGAUCUAGUGCCCAACUGCCCUUAAGGCUGAAGGCUGCUAGUCAGUAGUCAGCAUAGGAUGGCGCGACUACCUACCACCAAUCCGCCGCAUUUGAUAUGAAUCUGUUCUGUCACUUCCAUCAUUCUCUGUUUGUCAUCUUUUUAUAUUUUCAGUUCCGCAAACCCUUCGACAAUAUCAAAUCACGUUUAAAUCCAUCUCUGUUUUUCAAUCACAACAGAGGCUGUAGCGAAGGAGAACCCUAAUGGAACCCAAAAUUCAGGAGGUAAUAACAGACAAGGAGCAGAUGAGGCAAUGGUCAAGGACUAUGAGACUCCACGGCAAAACCGUUGCUUUGGUGCCUACAAUGGGUUACCUCCACAAAGGCCAUCUAUCACUUGUGGAGGAAGCCCACAAGCUCGCAGAUGUCGUAGUUGUCUCAGUUUACGUAAACCCCGGUCAGUUUUCUCCCUCUGAGGAUCUCUCCACUUAUCCAUCUGAUUUUAAUGGUGAUAUCGAAAAGCUCAUGAAUAUUCCUGGUGGUGUUGACGCUGUUUUUCAUCCCCACAAUCUCUAUGAUUAUAGUUCAAACCAGGAUACUAUUGAGACCCCUAAUGUCCAGAAUGGGAUUGAAGGUGGGGUUUUGUCUUGUUUGGAAGAGAGGGGAUUGGGGCAUGAAACUUGGGUAAGAGUUGAGAGAUUGGAGAAGGGAUUGUGUGGGAAGAGUAGGCCUGUAUUCUUUAGAGGGGUUGCCACUGUUGUCACCAAAUUGUUCAACAUAGUGGAGCCUGAUUUUGCAAUUUUUGGGAAGAAGGAUUAUCAGCAGUUUCGGAUUAUUCAGCGAAUGGUUCGUGAUCUUGAUAUGCCUAUUGAAGUAAUAGGUUCUGAAAUAGUGCGUGAUGCUGAUGGUCUUGCGUUGAGUUCACGUAAUGUGUACCUAUCACCCGAGGAGAGGGAAAAGGCAUUGUCCAUAUCCAGGUCAUUGUUGAGGGCUAAAUCUUCUUUCAAAAUGGGUGAAACUAAUUGUAGAGAAUUAAAGAACUUGGUCAUCCAAGCAAUAGAUGAUGCUGGGGGGGAAAUUGACUAUGCUGAGGUUGUAGAAACAGAGAGUUUGAUGGCAGUGGAAGAGAUCACAAGGCCUGUAGUCUUCUGCGUUGCAGCCCGGUUUGGAAAGGUCCGGCUGAUAGACAACAUGGAAAUUCAUGUGUAAAUGCACAUCAUCUUUCAUUGUGAGAUUCGUCGAUUUUCAGGGGUUGCAUUGCCUCCGCAUAAAACAUGAUCUGCAGUUUUUUUUCCUUGAUUAAUAAAUUUUAUGGUUAGAGCCUAGAGGUCUCUGACUAAGAUUCUUUCUUGCUGGAAUUACUGAAUAUCAAAAGUGAAUGUCAUAAAGGUUUUGUUGUAAGAACCUCAUGCAAAAAGGGAUUUUACAAGAAUGUGCUAUUUGUUCUUCAAUCCGUGAGGAUGCAACUUGUAGCUUUUGUACAAUAAUCUUGACCACAAGUUAUAAAUAACUGAUUCAAGUUUUAUGGA